AUUAAAGAGCUUUUGGCGUUUGAAUCGGCCAUAAUCCAAUCCGAAUCGGCUGAUAAACCGAUCCGCUUCCCGAUUCUAGAAACCAUGAUACAAGGGCUUGUGUAGGUCACGGCGGCAUCUGAAAGACAAACAGGGGGCGGCGAUUCAAUCCUAUAGGUUUUGGACGAGAGAGAAAGAUUAGAACCAUCACCAAGUAAGUUAGAAAAUGUUGAGUGGGUGGAUGGAGAGUAAGUUCAUUGGGAGGUCUUCGAGACACUUUUGCAGAUUCCUUUCGGUUUCAAGCAGCAAAGCUGUAGUGGAUGUAGCCGCUAAAGAUGGAGAGCUGAGGAUGUUCAUCGUCUCUGGAGAGGUUUCUGGAGAUGCCAUCGCUUCUCGUCUUAUGGCUUCUCUUAAAAAGCUCUCUCCUUUUCCUAUCCGUUUUUUGGGUGUUGGAGGGUCUUUGAUGGCUAGUGAAGGACUGAAAUCUAUAUUCCCCAUGGAGGAUAUUGCAGUAAUGGGCAUCUGGGAAUUGUUACCACAUUUAAAUAAAAUUAGGUUGAAGUUGAAGGAAGCAGCAGAGGCUGCCCUUUUGUUUGAGCCUCAUGUUGUAGUGACAAUUGACUCCAAGGGGUUCUCUUUUCGUCUCCUUAGACAAUUACGUGCUAGAUAUGGUGGGCGAGGUUUACAUAGUCCUGUUCACUUCCAUUAUGUGGCACCAUCAUUCUGGGCAUGGAAAGGGGGUGAAACAAGGCUCAAAAAUCUCCGUGAGUUUGUUGACCAUUUAUUAUGUAUUCUACCAUUUGAGGAAGAAGUUUGCAGAUCACAUGGACUAGCUGCGACCUAUGUUGGUCAUCCAAUCCUAGAAGAUGCACUAUACUUGAAUAUGGGAAAGAAUAAUCCCCUGAUUGAUUUGAGGGUGCAUGGUGACUGCGUAAGCUUCCAAAGGAAAUAUGGAAUACCUUCAGGAGCAAGAGUCAUCACCUUGCUUCCUGGAAGCAGAUUACAAGAGGUUAGCCGGAUGUUUCCAAUUUUCUCAAGCACUAUGGAAAUAUUAAAGGACUCCUUUCCCGAGUUGACAACAGUCAUUCCUGUUGCACUUAAUCAGCAUGUGGAGAACUAUAUCCAGAAAGCCAUGCAGAGGUGGCCUGUGUCAGCAGUGUUGAUUCAUGGGGGAUCACCACAGUUGAAAUAUGAUGCAUUUAGUGCAAGCACGGCUGCAUUAACUACUUCUGGAACGGCUGUUUUGGAGUUGCAACUUGCUCGGUUACCAUGUGUUGUUGCAUACAGAGCCCAUUUCCUAACUGAAUGGUUUAUCCAUUGCAAAGCAAAGAUACAGUAUAUUUCUCUUCCCAACAUUCUCCUGAAUUCAGCUGUUAUUCCUGAAGCUGUCUUUCAGGAUUGCACGCCAAAAAAUCUAGCUGCUCUUCUCCUGGAAAUUAUUCAUAAUAAGGACCUUCGGGAGGAGCAAAUCAUCACUGCUGAUAAUGUGCUUGGGCUUCUUUGUCCUUCAGACUCGAAUACAAGCAAAUUUAGACUACAGGAAUCGAGAUCAGGGUUUCCUAAUUACACCCCAAGUAUGAUUGCAGCUUAUACAAUAUUAUACUCUGUUAAACAACUAUGACAAGUAAAUCAUGUUCUCAUAAUCCAAGACUUCAAAUAUUUGUGCUUAACAACAGGCAAGCCAUCAGAAACAAAAUUUUUUUUUGGGAGUAAAAAGUUUGAAAUUCAAGUUGUAAAAUUAGGUGGACUGCUGAUAUUCCAUAUCUGAAUUUGUAAUUUUUUCCCUUUCCUUCUGUAAACGAUUUGCAAGUAAUUCUUCGUGAAUAUAAAUUUCCUAGGUUAUGAUGCA